CUUGCCCCACUUCCGUCCGUGUCGACGAAGGAUCUUCCCCACUUCCGCUGCAAAAAAAAAAAGUCCCUUCGUAAUGACGUCAUGCAGCUGGGAAAUAACACGGAAAUAAGUGAUAAAACAUCUGCAGACUGGGGACCUGGCAAGAUUCUGUGCGGUGAAUGAGCGCCCUAGGGCAGACCGCCAAGAUGGUGCAACCCAACGAAGGCUCUGCCGGUAGCUAUGGUCCUUUGUGUGCUGGAGGCUCUGGAGACAUGUCCUUGGGGAAGCCAGAAACGAUUCCACCCGAAAUAUGUAAUCACGAGGCCUUCCUACGCCUGAGAGCUGAGAACCAGGACUUACGAGUGGCUCUGGAGCAGAGUAAUACCAUGCUCAGGACAAGACACGGCGAGAUGCUGGAGUUCCAGGAGGCGCAGAGGAAAGAGCGGGAGUUCAUCGCCAUCAAGUUCAAUGAAGCCAAGAGCCUGGUGCUGAGGUUAACAAUGGAGCGGGACUCCUUUCAAGGGCACCUCGAAGAGACGAAAAGACAUCUGUCAGCGUUGAUGGCCAGAGACCAGGAGGACAUGAGGGAAGGACAGAACGAGGCUAACAGCAGCCCCGGGAGCUCUAUGUCCUCCUGUGAGACUCUGACCCAGAGUAUGUGCGAAACACUGAGAGAGACGGCACGGAAUCACGUGGGGCCACCCCGAGCUGAGCAGGACUUGCAAAGGUUGAUGGAAGCGAACUUGAAACUGGAAAACGAGCAAAAUCGGAUCUUGGACUCUGCAGCUACAAAUGGGGUCAGAAUGCGGGAGGAGCCUGAAGUCAGGAACCCCGCAGCAAAAGUAGACGUCCUGCAGGGAGCAGGGGGCAGACAUUCAAGGGCUGAGCAAGAUCUCCAGGAGAAGCUGCGGGAGGCCCAGAGACGGAAUAUUCAUCUCCAAGAACAGAUGGAAGAGCUGAGAGAGGAGGUUUCACGUCUGACACAUCACUUGACGGAGCAGGCGGAGGAAGCGCAGCGGAAAUUGCAGUUACUGGCCGAGGAGAAGAUGUCCGUAAAAGCUCAAGUAACGUCCCUUCUGGGAGAGCUACACGAGAGCCAAAGGAGCCUGGAGAUUUCUACGCAGGAGAGAAGAAAGGUUGAGGAAAGCUUGCGGAGUGCGCAGGAGCAGCAGCGGGAAUGGGAGUCUCAGAUGAAGCAGCAGGUUCUACAGCUGGACCAGCACAGACUGCAGGUGCAGAACCUGGAAGCCGCACUGAAAAUGGAGAGACAGAACGGCAGAGAAGAGAUGAGGAAGCUGGCACAGCUCCAGUCUGCAUAUCACAAGUUAUUUCAAGAAUAUGAUUCCCACAUCAAGAGCACCCUCCAUCAUGAGAAACGGAUUACCAGCUUGGAAGUUCAGAUUCAGGACUUGAAGCAACAGCUGCAGGAAGCAGAAGAAGCUCUUGUAGCCAAGCAAGAUCUUAUAGAUAAGCUGAAGGUUGAGACAGAUGAGCAGAAAGGCCUGAAGGAAACAGUCGGUGUACUUAAGGCUCAGGCCGACAUAUUUCGAACGGACUUUCUUACAGAACGCGAAGAGCGGGCGCGACUUCAUGCAGAGAAACAGAAGCUACAGGAACAUUUAGAAGAAGUCCUGCGAGAAAGGUUGAGGAAUGAAUCUGAGGGGGCCAGGGCGAGGAUUGAUGAGAUGAGGAACAGACAUUCUGACACUUUACGGCAAAGCAUGCCCGGGCUGUACCAGCCGCCCUACGCUACUCCACCGCCUCCUUCCAUCCACCCUCUGGUAGAGCGGCAAGAAUACUGUUGCCCCAAGUGUCAGUACAAAGCACCGGACAUGGAUACUCUGCAGAUACACGUGAUGGAUUGCAUACAGUAGUUCUCCAACACCACAGACUGCUCCUCCUCAGGAUCAUGAAUGGAGAACAUGGACUGAAUGCACACUUACCUGACUGUACAAGGAUUAAAUUUUACUCUGAAGCUGAAGGAUGAUUAAAAUUUUUUGGGGAUAGGGGUUAAACCUCUGCAGUUGAUUGAAGAAAAAAAAUUUUUUUUCAAUCAUGCUCGCUUAUCAUGAAUACAACAAUCUAUGAUUCAUGUUCAAGGGAAAGUCUCCACUGCUUAUAAGGCCUCCUGCACACGAUUUACGUUCCCUAUACGGAACCAUUCAUUUUAAUAGAUCCGCAAACAGAAGGUACUCCAUAUGCCUUCAGUUUCUGCAUUUCUGUUCAAACAUAGAACAUGCC